ACUAGCCGUUACCACACUCGACCAAUAAAAUUGAUUUUGACCAUCUCCAUAAUCAUAUCCAUUAUUAUCAAUCAAUAUCUUCCUAAAAUUAAACCACCGUUUCAAAGAUUGAGAAAUUUCCAAACUUGAAAUCAUCCCUCUUUGUGUGCUGAUCUCUUGCUUCAUCAACAAUGGCGGGCUCCUCCAAUAGAUCUCCGUCGCCGGUGCCGUUAAGGCACAGUCCCCACCCAAGAAUCUCCUCCUCCUCGGAGGUCCAUUCCGCCGCCAGGAGAAGUUUCAGUGGCAGUCCUUCUCCCAAGCCUUUUCCGCUCACGAACCCUAGACGAAGCUUCAAUCCCAUCACUCCCGCUAAUAGCCCGGCAGAUUCUGGGAGGAGGGGUUUACCGGUGAAAGAGGAGGUUGCUGCAUCUUCAUGGGAUUUCGCAGAGAAAGAAAACGAAAGAGCGGCGAAACUCCGGUCACCGGCGAAGGGCUCCAAAAAUUUCAUGUCUCCGACCAUUUCCGCCGCUUCCAAGAUCUGCCCAUCACCCAAAAAGAAGGUCUUGGUGGACAGAAAUGAGCCGGUUCGGUCUUCAAUCACGUUGUGCGACGGUAAAGCUACGUUCUUUUCAUCGAUCUCUUCAGAAUCUACCGAAUAUUCCAAGCCAAAGCCCGAGAUUCGUGCGGAUAAGAGCAGCAUUCUGGGCAUUCCGGACCAUAAGGAGGAUAUUCUUCAAGUUCAAGGUCCUCCAGUUACAAAAACCUUGAAAAGGGUAAAAUUUGCUGAGGUACCUUUAUAUUGUGAUAAUGUUUCUGAUUCAUUAUCUGAGACAGUAGUAACAGAUUCUGAUUGUUUCACUGCUGAAACAUCCUCAAAGAACAUAAGUUCUUGUUCCACUUUGUCUUCUCCUAGUACUAAUAUAGCUCCACUUGAUGCUGAUCCAUCUCCGAGCCCUUAUGAUCCCAAGACUAAUUACCUUUCUCCUAGGCCUCAGUUUCUUCACUACAGACCAAAUCCAAGAAUUGAUGUUCUUAGAAGCUUGGAUAAGGGUGGUGAUAUGGGGGAGCCUAAGCAGCUAGAUGAGAGUUUUAUGUCUGAAAUUGUAUCUGAGAACUCUGACUCUGAGUCUCAGAUGGAAGAUUCUCAGAAGGAAUCUGAGGAUUCUUCUUCUUCAGAGGCAGAGGUAGUAGUAGUAGAAUCUGCAGUUGAAGAAACAGACAUGGCUGAAGAGCCUAAGUCUUCAGAGGAAGAGGUAGUGGUGGUAGAUAAGUCUUUGGAGGAGGAGAUAGUACUAGAACCAGAAACUGAUGAAACAGAUGAAAUGGUUAAGGAAAUCCCAGAUGUAUUUAAGCCAACGAAACGUAGAUUCUAUGUCCAUUCGAAGUUGUUUUAUAGUACUAUUUUCCUUGUCAUGAUUGCUUGUUUAUCAAUCUCAGUGACUGAUACUCCAAUCCUCAAUGGUUAUGGAGUCAAAGAUUUGAAACUCACCAAUAUCUCUCACUUGGGAUCACAAAUUUCUGGGUUGUUUCAAUCUACUUUGAAGGAUCAGUUCAUGGGGACUUCGGGUUUUAGUCCAGUGCAGUUUAUAGACAUCAGUGCUGAUCUUGAAGGGGGUAGUAAAUGGGAAUUAGAAGAGGAUAGAGAGUUUGAGGAAUUGGAAGAAGAUGAUGUAGAACCUGAGAAAAUGGUAGAAAAAGUUGAAGAAGAUGAGGUGAAAGAGGAUGUUGAGUCUGAUGGUGAAGGAUCUGAAGAAGAAGAAGAAGGUGAAAACCUCGAGUUUGAGGUUAAAGAGGAUGCCAAAGCUGAAGAGGCUGAAUUUGAAUUGGAGGAGGAUAAGGUUGAAGAGGAUGUGGAAAUGGAAUCUGAAGAAAGCCUCGUGUUAGAAGUCGAGGGUGGUCAGGAUCUAAAGCAAGAGCUCGUUGCUUCUUGCUAUGAUUCUGUUAAUGCUGAUGAAGUUGCUGCUGUGUCACAGGACUUUGAUAUCAAAACUGAAUCUGCUACUGCACCCGCUGAUAUUCAGCCUGAAGUAGUCGAAGUGGUUAAAUUCGAGGGUGAUGAUAAUGCAAUUCCCCAUACUGAACUUGAAACCGCUUUGUUGGAUGCCAAUCUCGAGACUAAAAUGGAUGAUUCUUGUGUUGAGAAGCCCUCAACUUUAGAAAUGCUGGCGUCUACGAUUCAGGAAAGGAGUUCUACAAUCCUAGGAAUUUCGUCGUUCUUACUCAGUGCAGUGGCAGUUGCAGCUUUCAUCUUUGUCAAACAAAAGAACCCGACUCCAGAUUAUGUGGUGGUUCCAGCAUGUUUGCCCAAGAACAACCUAGUAUCAUCAGCUUCUGCAAAGCAUAUAGUGCAAGAGAAACAAACUUCUGAUGAGGAUUGGGAACCAGAAACCGAUGUUGUUGCAGAGUCGUCUUGCCCUUCGGAAAUGAGCAGCAGCUUUGAAGUGAGCACAUCUCACAGCAGAAAGGAUGCUGCAAUGCAACAGACCAGCAGAGCUCGGAGACAGGAAAGAAAACCGGGCAAAAGCAGCAGUUCGAGAAGGGAGUCGGUUGCUGCUUCUUCGGAUUACUCUCUGGGUUCGCCAUCGCCUUCUUAUGGAAGUUUCACCACCUAUGAGAGGAUCCCAAUCAAGCAUGGAAGUGGUGGAGGUGAAGAAAUUAUUACUCCUGUUAGGCGCUCUAGCAGAAUUAGAAGCAGCCAAGUUACUUCACCAUGAAUUCUUCAAGUCUGAAGCUUUCUUCACCAUGAACUGAAGAACUCAGCUUUCAACAUAACUUUAGGCAUUAGCUUUUAACAUCUCACGUGUGCAGAUGGGAAUUUGUAGUCAGUUUCUGACUGAACUUGAAAUGAUUGUUUGUGAUUUCUAGGAUGUUGGUAGCUUAGGUUAAAAACAUUAUUGCUGUU